AUGACUGCAGUAUCAUCAGAAGAGCCGAAGGAAGUAGUUUCAGAUACUUCGCUGGCGAGUAGCUCGAAAGAAAAUCUUCAUGGUGGCUUGGAAACCUUUGAGGCCCCGGUAGUUGGCCAUGGCAUUCCAAUUGUGGAUUUCCAGAGUCUAGACCCGAUUUUCGAGGCUAAGAGCCGUGCCAUAAGCAAUGCGAUCCAGCACAUAGGGUGGGGUCGCUACCAAUGGAAACUGUUUCUGCUAUCCGGCUUCGGUUGGUUUGUCGACAAUAUGUUCAUGGCAGCGGUAUCUGCUACCCUUCCUACAAUUCGUAUCGAAUUCAACCCCCCAAACAAGGGUGUAUUCUUAUGCCUUGGUCAACAGAUGGGGCUGCUAGUUGGUGCUUUUGUAUUCGGACUAGGAUCCGAUGCUAUCGGCCGUACUCUAUCAUUCAACAUGACCUUACUCCUCGCCGGUAUUUUCGGGUUCGCUGUGGCCGGCGGGCCUAACUAUAUCGGUGUCGCAUUUCUUAUGGCUGUGGUUGGCCUCGGCGCUGGAGGUAAUAUGCCCAUCAACUCCGCCCUUUUUCUUGAAUUUUGUCCCCAAGAGCAACAGUGGGUUCUUGCGGUUUUAUCCGUUUGGUGGUCUCUAAGUUCUGCAUUCUUGGCUCUACUUGCAUGGCCCUUCCUUAUGAAUUUCUCUUGCCCAUUGGACACGGAGUGGGGGCAAUGUCCCCGCUCAAAAAACAUGGGCUGGAGAUACUUGUACAUCACCAUUGCAACUUUCACUCUAACCCUUUGGAUGGUCCGAUUCUUUUUCUUUAAGCUACACGAGUCUCCGAAAUACCUCCUAGCCCAAGGACGGGACGCAGAAGCCAUCGCUGUUGUUGACGCAAUUGCUAAACAAAACGGCAAGGAAAAUAUUUUAUCAGUCCACCAGCUUGAGGAAAUAGAAGCGAAUGUUCGCCUUGUAAGGGGUUUGCCGCCGAAAGCGGAGAUUGGAGAAGAAAAAGAGGCGCCCGAGAGGAAAGGAGCAAUGGCUGAGACUGCGCAGAUGUUUGUGAGGAGUUGCUCUGUCUUGAGUGGGAAGCAGAUCAGGAGCCUCUUCGCUACAAAGAAGCUUGCUAUCAGCACUUCUAUGGUUAUGUUGCUUUGGAUGACACUUUCGAUCUCCUGGAAUACUUACAAUCUCUUCCUACCAGUCUUCAUUGCCCAGCAGGGUAUUGAGAACGGCAAUCCAUCUUUGAAUACCACCUAUAGAAACUAUGCUCUGAUUGGAAUUUGUCAGAUACCUGGUUCUUUCAUUGGUGGAUGGCUGAUUGAGCAGAAGGCUCUAGGGCGUCGUGGGACUCUCGCCCUAGCAUCCCUACUCUCCGGGGGCUUCUUGUUUGGAUAUACUCAAGCAAAAUCACAGGAUGUUAGCUUGGGCUUUCAGUGUGCAUCAGCUGUUAUGCAGAAUAUAAUUUGGGGAAUUCUUUAUACAUACACACCGGAAAUCUUUCCUUCGCCACAGAGAGGCACUGGAGUCGGACUUUGUAGUUGUCUUAGUAAUCUAGCUUCAUGCUUCGCUCCAGUGCUUGGAUAUUACUCUAACGUGGGAAAGACGACGAUUUACGUUUGUGGCAGUCUUUUUGUCUUCGCGAGUGGCCUUGUUAGUGCCUUGCCGUACGAAAGUCGGGGAGUUGCCGCUUUGUAG